CAAACACGCAUAUGUUCCUUUGUUUAUGUCGAUACACUUACUUUCACGUUCUCUAGGAAAGGUUAGAAUGAGGAAACGAGGGCUAAAACAGUCCUAUGUUGUAAGGAUACUAAGAAUAAGAUUCUUCCCAUUUUGCUUUGUAAUACUUCUGUUUGCUGAUGAUACCUCAUUUACUACACGGUCCUGAUGUUUAUUGGAAAAGUUCAAGAUUAAGCUAUCCUUGGGAGACGGUGAUCAAAGCAGCGAUGAGAAAAUACCCCAAUCCCAUGAACCCCAGUGUGGUAGGAGUGGACGUCCUGGACAGAAACCAGGAUAAACAUGGUCGCCUUCACAGCCACCGGCUGCUGAGCACUGAGUGGUGUAUCCCGAGUGUGGUGCGAGCCGUGAGUAAAAUACUGGGGACAAGCCGAACCACUACGUAUGUUAAAGAGUAUUCCGUUGUUGACCCUGAAGUAAAAAUUAUGGAGCUUUUCUCAGCAAACAUAACCCUCACAAAUUUAGUAUCCGUUGAUGAGAGACUAGUUUACAGGCCACAUCCUGAAAACCCAGACGUCACAAUCUUAACCCAAGAAGCAAUAAUCACCGUGAAAGGAAUCCGUUUGAGCAGCUACCUCGAGGGAUUGAUGGCUCUUAGUAUGACUGCUAAUGCAAGAAAGGGAUGGGAUGCAAUUGAAUGGAUCAUUAAGAACUCAGAACGGGAGAACGUGCCGUUGUGUUGAACACCAGUUACCUCCAGCAUCUCAAUAAUAAAACGGGCGUGUUUGUGUGUGUGUGAGACGGUCAGCAUCAGCACCAGCGCUGGAACAACAUCUGAGUUUCCACCUCUCUGUGUGUUGUGCAGUAAGUGCGUGCUUCUUAGAACGAGUGAACAUUUGCUACACAAGCAACACAUUGGAAAUCUCCUGAAAUGCAUCGAACUGCACUUAUAAAGCUACUAUUCAUUAGUUGAAGUCACUGUUGAAUUCUAGAAUAUGUUAAAAUAUCAAUAUGCACUUCAAAUGCUCUCACUACCUCCUUUUGAGAAACUUAGUUCAUCUGUUAUAUUAGGGUUCUUAUGUAAAAUCCGUUGUAGUCUCUGUUAUGGGAACCGCGUUUACAUUGUUCUUAGUCCGUAAGUUUUUUUUUCUUAUUUAUUUAUUGAUAAGUUAAUAAUUCGUUCAAAAUGUUUACACCUUUUUAUUUUUUGUUACUAAUAUAGGUUCAGAUUAUGUAGAUGUUAUUUUGUUUAUUUUUGACACGUUACAAAGACUAAAAUCUAAACUGGGCUUUAGGGUAUCUUUCUUUGUGCAAGUCUAACAGUGAUCAUAUUUACGUUUUCCUUCAUAUUUGUAUGAUCUAUAAUUUGUUUUAUCCCUGAAUACUAAUGCAUAUUUACCAGUUCACAAAGAAUUUCUUUGAUAAAUGAUAUAAAAUGUCAUUUUUGUGCUCUGAAAAGAAAACACAGUCUCCUUGUAGUCCAUCUGUUUAAAUGCCCACUCCAGAAAUCUUAGGAUUUAUGUGUUCAUUGUACAGAUCUAAUUUAUUUGAUUAUGUUUUACGGGAAAUAGCAAGAUAAACGCCCAGUCUGUGGUGUAAUAACUAGUAUAAAUGUUUUUGGUUAUUGUUGGUUACUCGUAGGCCUGACACAGUUAUUCAAGCUGAUUGCGAUUAAGAUGAUAAUAUAUCAGAUGAUAUAUAAUAUAGAACAGUAUUAUGAAGUGACAUUCCUUUUCUCUUAGUCCCUAGACUUAAGAUGUUGUGCCAACAUACUCAACAUAUUGUUCGUUCUUGAUCGAAAGCAUCAGUCGAAGAAGUAAAAGCUCAGUGUUUCACCAU